AUGAUCUCGAGAAAUAUGAUACGGCAAUGCCAGACUGCAAAGUCUGCGUUGUCUAUUCGUUAUACAUCCAACCGUGCUAUUCCCGCAACAAGACCUGCAUAUUUGCAACCUCUUUCGCAAUCUAUAAAGCCUUUUCCUCCACGAUUAUUCCGGCGAUAUUCAUCUACGGAGUCCGAGGGAGUGGACCCCAAGAAAGAAUCCGCCUCAGAAAAGAAUGGCAACGAAAAGAAAACAGAAGAUGCUGAAGAACUUGUUAAAAAGGAGCUCGAAGCUGCCAAAAAGGAAAUUGUUGAUCUCAAGGAUAAAUAUCUCCGCUCCGUUGCCGAUUUCCGAAAUCUUCAAGAACGCACACGCAGGGAGAUAGAGACUGCCCGGUCUUUUGCUAUCCAGAGAUUCGCAACAGACCUCCUCGAUUCAAUUGAUAAUCUCGACCGCGCUCUCGCUGCCGUCCCUGUAGAAAAGAUCUCUGGUCCGGGCGAGCAGGAAAACAAAGAACUGGCGGAACUGGUAUCUGGCCUUCGGAUGACCGAGCGUGUCCUGUUCAGUACAUUGAACAAACAUGGGUUGGAGAGAUUCGACCCUUCCGAGCUGGUAGACGGCAAGCCUCAGAAGUUUGAUCCAAAAUUACACGAGGCAACCUUCAUGGCUGCUGCGGAAGGAAAGGAGGAUGGAGACGUGCUGCACACCCAAACUAAAGGAUUCAUCCUUAAUGGCCGUACACUAAGGGCUGCGAAAGUCGGAGUUGUAAAAAACUCCUAA